GCUGCGCUGCGAUAGCGGACUUGCGCAGUCUGGCUGCCAGCGGGUGGCUGACAGUUGGAGGAGCGUGAGCUGUUGGUUAGUCCGGCCCUGGCAGUGACCGCUAACAACGCGGGAUGAAGCAGCAAUGACCGCCACGCUGGAAAAGGGCUGGCCGGUGGUGGCACCGGACGACAAGGAGGUGCAGCGGCUCUUGGACUUUUUCGUGCAGGAGUUUCCGACUCCCCUAGGCCCCGACGACUCGUUACCUGUUCGCCUGCAAAGCCCGAAACUGAGCUGGGAGGAGGUGGAGGGGGAAUGUGCCGAAAUGGGACGGAAGCUGCUGCGGGACAGAAAUCUGCCACCUGUCCUUGCUGCCACUUUGAUCCAUGCUGCUAUUGCACAUGUGCUACAAUUGGAUAUCCCUACGUUUAGAGACAAAAAGGAACCUGGUCAGGAUGCGGAAGAGCUUGUCUUGCUGGAAGGAGAACCAGUGGCCCGAUCAUUCUUUAACAAAUUGCUGGGAGUCUGCUAUGAGUGGAUGAAAGAACUACAAUUACUGCAUCUACCAAAACAAUAUUUAAAAGUUUCCAGCUACGCUAUCCGUAACACACGGAGAAAGAUGGAGGACAGACAUGUAGCACUGCCCGAGUUGAACGCUCUCUUUGGCAUUAAGGAUGCAAAAGAGAGGGCGUAUUUUGCUGUGUUUGAUGGUCAUGGUGGAGUGGAUGCUGCUGUCUAUGCUGCAACACACCUCCAUGUCAACCUUGUACAUCAGGAAGUGUUUUCAACUCAGCCAGAUGAGGCGUUAAGGCGGGCCUUCAAACAGACAGAUGAGAUGUUUCUUCAGAGAGCCAAGAGAAAGAAAUUACGGAGUGGUACCACUGGAGUGGCAGCCUUGAUUAUUGGUGAUUUACUGCAUGUGGCCUGGCUUGGGGACUCGCAGGUGAUGAUGGUACGACAGGGCCUGGUCAUGACCCUUAUGGACCCACACAAACCUGAGAAUGAAAGUGAAAAACAGAGGAUUGAAGAUCUUGGUGGGUGUGUUGUAUUUCUGGGAUGUUGGCGUGUAAAUGGAACUCUUGCAGUCUCUAGAGCGAUUGGGGACAUUGACCAAAAACCAUACAUUUCGGGGGAUGCAGAUAGUGCUUCGUUCAAAUUGGAUGGCACGGAGGACUACAUUGUUUUGGCCUGUGAUGGCUUCUUUGAUGGAAUUGAACCUUCCAAAGUUGUGGACCUUGUGCAAGAACACUUGCAAGAAAACGCAGCUGUUCUGAUGCAAGCUUUUCUCAGGAACUAAUCUGAUAAGUAUUUCGGGAGCAGGCUGUUUCAUCUACCUGAGAACUCUGAAAUCGAGAUAUUCUGAGCUGACAUCAAUGAGUGUAAGUAAUUCUAUGCCAGUCUAAUUAGGUGACAGUGGGUGGUGUUGCAGGAUUUUUAAAUUAUUAAUAAUAAUAAUAAUCUUACACUAUUGCAUGCAUUUUAAAGCACUCUAUUCCAAUCUCUCUUAUCUGGCCCAGAAGAAAAAUCAAUGAUUGAAAGAGAGAACAAUAGUGAGACUGAAUGGUUAGUGGGUUAGCCCAUUGGUGAACUGCUCCCACUGCCACCAUGUUGACUAGGUUCCCUGUGGUAAAGUUGCAAGCUUGCAUAAUGUUUAUUAAUUUUCCCAAAUUAUUUUUAAGUAUGUCAAGUUUUCAAGCACCCUUGUGUACUGAUUUGCCUCCAGCAGAAAAAGCAGGCUGACUAUUUUAGUGCCUUAUUCUGCCCCUUGUAUGCAGUACAGACUAUCUAAUGAUUUGUACUGUUCUAUCAAUACAGUACAGGCUAACCAUUAGUGCCUUAUACCUUUCCAUGCAGCUACAGUAUUGUUACAUACUGCACAGUGUAACAUGACUUCAUUCCCUUCUCUUGUCAAGAGAGGAAAAAUAAGUGUCAAUUAACCACAAAGCCUUGCUUAGGUCUUUGAUUUGGUGCUGAGUUUGGAGAAUUCAUUUUAUUGCUUGUGUUGAAGAGUUUGGAUGGAUGAAUGUAUUGUGGUUUUAUGCAACUGGAAUUGUUUUGAUCUGUUGCAGAAAUGUAAGGAUUUUGUCAGUAGUUUAGUAACUGCUGAAUUAAGUAAUAGUGAAUGAUGUCUCUGAUGUUGUGUAUUCUAGGACAUGUGGUAGAGUUCUACCUCCAUCCAUCCUUAAUUUUUGUAACUUAAUGAGUAAAUUACAUAGAAUCCUCCGAAGGACCAGGGCCCACAAAUGUAUUCAUUUUCUGAAGUAAUGAAAGCUAAUGUGCAAAGCAGCUUUCCAAAAGCAAGUUUUGUUUUGAAACUGGAAAAAUCAUAAUACUAGAGACUAUUUUGAGGAUCUUUAUAUUUUUUCAUGGGAUGUGGGUAUUACUAGCAGGGGCAGAAUUUAUUGCCCAUCCCUAACUGCCCUUGAAAAGGUGGUGGUGAGAGGGUUUCUUGAACCACUGUGGUAUGUGUGUAGGUACACCCUCACUGUAAGGGAGGGAAUUCCAGGAUUUUGACCUAGCACUGAUGAAGGAAUGACAAUAUAUUCCAAAUCAGAGUGGUGUGCGAUUUGGAGGGGAACUUGGAGGUGAUGGUGUUCCAAGCAACUGCUGUCCAUGUUCUUUUAGUCGGUUGAGGUUGCGUGUUUGAGAAAUGCUGUUGAAGGAACCUCAAGUUGCUGCAAUAUAUCUUGAAGAUGGCAUACACUACAGCCAUGGUUUACUAGCGGGAGAGGGAAUGAAUGUUAAGCUGGUGGCAUCCAUUAUGUCGUACCCCUUAAUUUCUGUUCUGAAAAAAGUAGUUUGCUGGGACAUGGUUCAAUAGAUGCCAAUAAUCUCCAAUACCUCUCCCAAGUAGUCAUUUGCUUUGUUAGCACGUUGGGAGAUGACUUGAACAGCUCAACCUAAUUUUAUUCUCACGUGACGCACACUUUCGAGUAAGGAUUCCUUGGUAGAGAUUAGAAAACAAACAGGAUUAAUUUUUUAUGCUUCAAGGGCAAUCCACAAGAUAAGCUGACUCAGCAUAGACCAGGGAUGACAACUUUGAAAAUAUCCAGUUGUAUGAUUUCAUACCACAUGGGUUGUGCUUUUGCCUGACAGGCCAUCAGGGCACUUUUUCUUUUGUCAAUUCACACAGUUAUUUUCUGUUACUUUGAUUUUUUUUAAACAAAACUUUAUCAAGACAAGUUACCUAUAAUCUAUGGCAGUGGCUUGAGAUCUUUUGCUAAAUUCAAAGUAUGAUGUUGCCCCAGAAAAUAUGACUUCAGGUGGGGAAGAGGAAUCAACCCAUCCUAAGAAAUGAAAGGUUUUCCUUAUGUCGCAAAACUUGACAACAUAAAUUUGGGUUCCUAUGUUCUGAUGUUGGAUUAUAGAAGCUGUUGACUGCAAAUCCUCCAGUUACAUCAGCUUACCUUGCCUGAACUUUUCCUUUGCUGAAAUGUUGCUGAGAGAUAUUAGGGUGUGCUCAUUGUUGUAUUCCAACAUGAUAUAUAUCUGCUAACUGUCACAGGUUCUUAAUCUUCUAUCUUCUUUUUAAUUGUACUAAUUAUUUUCUGCUUUCGCAACCUUGAAAGGAAACUGCACAAAUACAUUAAAGAACUAUAGCACAUUAACUUAAAAAUUUGAGUGACAAAUGUCCAUUUGGCCCAUUGAAGCUUGUCCCUUCUAUACUCUGAUUCAUUCAACAUAAUGCCCAACUGCAUUUAGAAUGUCCCUAAUGUUAUUUAUGUUCCUUGGUAGAGCAUUCCAAAUAUUUCAGUUUUUCAAUGUUGUGUUUUUGUUAUUUGCCAAAUCUGUCCUAGAUAGUCUUUUUCUCAAAGCACUAUUGUGUUAAUCUUACCACUAUACUUCAAUACUUUUUAUACUCUGACCCCAACCCCCAAUUUUUUCUAUCCCCAUCUCCUUCCAUAAGAACAUUUUUAUUGCUUUCUUUGCACCUAAUCUAUUGCUUAUUUCCCCAUUGAAACAGGAUGACUAAAAUGCAUGCCAUAUUUAAAAAGGAAGUCUGCCUUUGAGUCUGAUGGUUAUAUAGCCUUAACAUUGUCUCUGUAGAUUUAAAAGUUCAUUUUUGUCACUACAUAUUGUCUUUUUUUUAUAAAUGCUUCUCCACAUUGUCUCAACAUUGAAAUGUACUGUUUCAGCUCAGUCCCUUUAUAUGUCUCUAUGCACUGAUUUUCUUCACUUAAUUCAUAUCUUAGUUGCUUUUUUAGCCUGAUAUGCAAUACUUUAUUUUUGUUUGUCAUUACACAACUGAUCUAAAUUCUCCUGCAUCCACUGCAUCUAUUGCUGCCCCUAUUUUAAUAUGUAAAUUUAAUAAGAUAGAAUCGGUUUGUGUAUCCAAAUUAUUUUUGUACAUAAACAGUCUGUCAGGCAUCAAUUGCUGUAAUCCUUCGCUCAACAUCUCUCUAGUACUAGUUCCAAUUUGUAUACAGAUUCUUGCCGAGAUAAAUGUUAGCUGUGUUUUAGGAUGCCUCACACUGCUGAGGUGAUGAGGUUGGGCAGUUGAUAGAAAAUGACAGAAAAAGAACAGGUUAUUUCUGUUGACAGCUCUGGAGUAUCUGACUCCUAUUGCAGUAGGACACCGCUGGGUAUUUGAGAACACCAUUGUAUAAGACUGUGCACAACUUUUACAUAAUGGGAGGGUGGGCAAAAGUUGGGGGGGGUGGGUGGCAUCAGAACAAUGCCAUAUCUUUAUUAAUAUGUUACAUUUGAUACCUGUCUGGUUCAUUACUGAUGAACCAGUCUCUGGCAGAUGAUAAUCAUUCUUAAUUCUUAAGUCAAUCUUUUACAAUUUAUAUUGCUGUUUGAGUGUUCUGAUUUUGUGAGGGUUCCUUACUGAACCCCUAACAAUGUUUUUGCACUGUUUGUUUAUAGAAAGUGCAGGGCUGAUAAUAUUCUGGUGCCUGUGUAUACUUAUCUGAUUUAUUUUACUUGCCUUUUCUAAUUGCGUUUUUACUGUGUUUGAUAUAACCACAAUACUUUAUAAUCUGAUUUUAUUUAUUCACAUUGCAUGAUAUGAACAUAUAUUUUUUUAAGCAAACCUGCAAAUUGCUAAGUUGGGAGAUUGUGCCUGGUGCGGUUUUGUGCAUGUUGAAGUGCUGUGCAGCUAAAGGAACCCUGUAAUGGAAAGUCCUCCUGUGUACUACCAUGAGCAUUGCUUACGCUUACCAGCAAAAAAUUUUUUCUAAACGUUACAUUGUCAUCUACUAAAGAUCUGAAAUAUUUGAGCCAGAAGGUAACAGAAGCACUUACCUUACUAUAAAUAAUUGUUACAUGCAUAGAAUAUUUAGUGGCAAGGUAUUUCUGUCUUGCUUCCACAGCAGUUUAUAUAUUAGGGUCUGUUACUGUCAGAUAUAUUUCCCCAGAGUACCUUGGGUCACUCUCAAGUCCUACAGGAUAUCAACUGCAGAUACUGAUUUUGUAAUCUCCAAUUUAAUAUCAAGUGUCUGUAUCAGAAGUGAGGAAAUGCAUACAAGGUGAAUUAUUGGGAGAAAUAGCUGUCUUGAACAUGGCAUAUACUUAUUCUGUUCCCACAGGAAUGUUACUUUUUGUUUUUGGGCUUUCCACAAACUCUGUGCACAUGACUGCUGUGAGGUCAAAUCUACAAUGUGAUCCUUUGGUCUAUGCAGGGUUUGUACCUGCAUCUAGUAAGAUGUAUGUUGGCUGAUAUGUUUUUCUCAAGUGUUCAACAGCAGGACUAUGGAACGCAAUUGGUCAACAACUUUUGAUUUGUUAGUUAAAGAUAGAAAAUGUCAGAUCUGCUGAAUGUUUCAGCAAGAAAAACCAUUAACCUGAAACGUUAAUUCUGUUUCUUUCUUCACAGAUGCUGCCAGAUCUGCUGAGUGUUUCCAGCAUUUUCUGCUUUUAUUUCAGAUUUUCAGCAUCUAGAGCAUUUUGCUUUUGUUUUAUUGGUUCUUCAUAUGUGGAUGACACUGGCAAGACUGUAUGUAUUACCCAUCCCUAAUUACCCUGAAAAGGUUGAACCACUCCAGUCCUUGAGAUGAUGCCACUACAAUUAUUAUAGAUAGGACGUUGAGUUCAGUGGUGGGGUUCUCACUAAACAAACUGGCCUGCCCUGGAUGAUGUUGAGCUUCUUGAAUAUUGCUGGUUCUGCCCUGUCUAGGCAAGUGAUGAGUAUCCCAUCAAAUUCUGCACAAGCUCUAAAGACAUAUCCAUGUGUCUAGUAUUAUCUGUCUUUAUACCACAUUGACUUUUCACUUCCAGGAAAUAUUUUUCAUAUUUGACCAUUAGAACAGAUGUAUCAUGAGAAUAAAGUUUCACAAUGUUACAAAAACAACUCUUAAAUAUCAGAAUGAAUCCCAUUUAAAGUUCAAAAUGUAUACUGUUUACCACUUUGAUAUAAAUACUGGUAUGUACCUGAUUCUGUACCGUGGGAUAUAAUCCAUGCCCCAUUGGUAGCAUUGUCUCAACCUGUGAUGUUUUCAGGGCACUCCACUCAAUGACAUACAUUUAUAUAGUACCUUUAAUAUACUAAAACAUCCCAAGGUGCUUCACAGGAGCAUUAUAAAACAAAAGAUGAUGCCAAGCCACAGAGAUAUUAGAUCAGAUGGCCAAAAGUUUGGACUUAAAGGGAGAAAGCAAAGUAGAGAGGGUAUUCCAGAGAACCCACCAGUUCUUAUAAUGAAUCCUGUAUUUCCAAUCUAAAGCACACCAAAAUGGCUGCUGGGUUUGGCUUGCACUUGUAGCAACAGCUCUUCACUUAGCAAUAGUAGUAAUGACAAUGAUCAAGAGCACUCAUAGUUUUACAAUAAAUGACACCACAGCAUUGCUAGUUAAAAGCAUUUGGGACAGUUGCACUGUAACUAUAUAUUAACAACUUUGAGGCAGAGGUAGAGAUCCAUCUAUUUGACAGCAUCAAACUCCCCAUUAAUUACCGUAAUACAUUUUUAUAUCUAAUGAUGCCCAUAUACUGCUAAUCUAUACAAGGAUUUUAGUAAUUCCUGAUGGCAUACUUGAGGACUUAAUGCCCAAAAACUGGCUUGCUGAAUUUAUCAUGAUAAAGUGCAGAUAAUUGCAAUUCCAGCUUAUAUAAAAAAAGUGUAUGCUUCGGAUGAUAGAAAGCAUACAGCACUUGGCAGCCAUCAGCACACUCACAUCUGGGUUGAGUGACAGUUCACUGCAGUGUUUUACUGGUCUCAUUAAAGAAUCAAACUCCCACAAUGUUGUGCUGCUGCCAUAAGUUGAUUUGAGGUUUUCUAGGCAAUGUGUAUGUAAAUUGGUCAGCUUUAUGUUGCACCAUUAAUUGAAUUUAAGGGUUGGCUAUAAAAUGGUGUAGACCUAAGCACCAAUAUUAAUGGUCUUUGUUCUCAUCCUGUAAAACUUUAAUUGGAUAAUUAUAGUUAACAGUAACUGUAAACUAGUUUGAGCACAACCUCCACUAUUUCAUCAUGUAGAACUGAGUAGGAACAAGAAAAGGAAGUAACCCUGUGGCUAAUUUACAGUGCCAAAGGUAGGUUUACAGCAGAUAAGGUUUUUUCCUGCCAUACCUCGUCUAUUGUGGCGACUGUUAACAUUUAAUAAUUUGUAGGAAAAGUACAAAUAUAACAAACUUGCAGAUCUGUUGUUCUUGUCUGGAUGGUCUGCUCCUGCUGAUGUCUCUCUCUCUUCCCUCCCAUCUCCCUUAUCUCCUCCCUAUGUUUUGGUGCUGCUGACUUGUAAUCCAUUUGAAAACCAUUUUUAUUCCAUUGACCAGUAGAUGACUUGGGGCUAAAAUACACUCUAUUUUUCUCUUGUGUGCAGCCAAUUCACUGAAAUGUGUGGGCUAUUUAAUUUUUUUGUGCAGCCGAACAGUGUGGUAACUUAAGGUUGAUUUGUUCACAGCCAGUGUGGGAAUUUUGGGUUGCUGCAUAAUCAUUCUGCCUAGAGGGAACAGUACUUGAGGCUAUAGACAGGACUCCAAUGAGCUGUUUCUCUUCAGACAACAUUGCACAAAACCAACAGGAAGCAACUUGGUGUCAAAGAUUUAUCUCAAAAGUAUUUAUUUAUCUGCUAAAUUAAAUCUUUUGUCACUGCUACAAUAGGAUGACUUACUAAACUGAGUUUGAAACCUGUGUUAUCUCUAUUAUUCUUAUUGUGGAUGGGUUAUUAACUAUCCUGAAAUGUUUCUAUGACACAGUAUUAUCUAUUAAUAAAGAUAUAUGCAACUUC